AUGUCACUCUCCGAUGACCCUACAUCGGACAAGCCGCAGGCUGUGAUUGAUCAAUUAGACAGUCGAUGGCUGGAGAUGUCUGCCGGUACAGAAGGUUUUCUCACCGGCCCGCGAUGGACCGGGCUGGAUUGUCACCAGAUUGCCUGGGGAGAUAUGGAGUUGGCAGGUCACGUAAACAACGUGGUAUACAAUCGCUUCGCCGAGUCGUCACGCAUUAACUGGUUCCUGAAAUUUGCCGAUGCAGUUCCGGUGGAACAUAAGCAGGCGUGGGUUGAUCUGUUGACCCCGCGGGGGAUAGGGUUGAUACUCAAGAGUAUACGAACAGACUAUAAGAUGCCCCUCAUCUUCCCCGACCAAAUAACUGUUCUCCAUAAAUUGGUUGAGCCACCCACCAGCUCCUCAACAGAUAUUUUCAUGGAAGCAGUCAUCAUAUCGCAUGCGCAUCAGCGACCGGCAGCACGGUGCUUUGAGGACAUUGUCGUCUACGACUAUAAGCGGGGUGGGAAGGCCAACUUGCCUUCUUUUAUGGUUGAUGAAUUACGUGCGGCGUUUCAGCUACAGGAGAAGACUAGAAACAGCAUUCUCGCCGAGGUGGCUGAACUGCAGAAGUCGAUUUCUGGUUUCUAG